AUGGAGCAUGCGACGGAGCAGGCGGACGAGGUGGAGGCGCUGGAGUCGAUCUACUGCGGUUUCUUCGACAUGCUGUCACAAGGCGCACCCUACAAGGUUAGCAGACUCUUUCCUUCCUCUCCGAACCCUUGUAUUGAUUCUUCUUCCCCCGACCUCGUCCCCGUCCCCGUCCCCGUCCCCGUCCCAGUUUCGUUUCGAGUAGCUGUCGAUCCAGAAGCAGCGCAAGAAAGGGAAGGCAACUCGGCUCAGCCUGUUCGACUUGAGAUCACGUUCCCUGAAAAGUACCCCGAAGAGGCUCCAGAGAUCGAAGUACGCUACUCUCACAUCCUCCCCAAGCAUGCGGCUGCGCUCAAGGCAAGUUGCUCAUACUGCUGUCGAGGAAGCAGCGUGACUGCGCAGGAUUGGGGCGCAUAUGAGGAGGAGGAGGAGGAGGACGAGAGCAAGAAGCGCAACAAGGCAAGGGUCUGGAAGGACAUCACGGCUGGGUUGAAGGAGAAGCUGCUGAGACCAACAGGUCGGCAGCUGUUCGAACGAGAUGCAUCUUUGUACAUGGACACGGAUGUUGGCUUCAACGACGCGACCUUGUUCGAAGACGAGGAGUUCCCAGAGGACGAGGAGGACGAGGAGGACGAGGAGGAGUUCGACGACGAGGACGAGGACGAGGGUGCAGGGAUCGACGAGUCGCUGUUCCAGACGCUGGAUGACGAGCUGCCGGACAGCGACUCCGACGACCCUGACUUUGAGCCCGGAAAGUAA